AUGUCCAUGUACCGAAAUGCCAUCUGGUUUUUGAACGGGAUCCAUCAUUACACCAGAAAAGGAUAUGAGGCUGCAUCUAAAGACUUUGAGCCCCAAGACCUGAACGUAUCUGUCGUGGGAAGGUCUUUUAUGGUCACUGGGGCCAACAGUGGAAUUGGCAGAGCAACAGCCAUGGCUAUAGCCAAGAAAGGUGGGACGGUCCACAUGGUGUGUAGGAACAGAGAUAAAGCAGAGGAGGCCAGGACAGACAUCGUCAAUGAGUCUGGGAACACGGAGGUAUACAUCCAUAUUGUGGACAUGUCACAGACACGCAAAGUCUGGGAGUUUGCGGAGGCCUUCAAGAAGGAGUAUCCAUCACUGAAUGUGUUGAUAAACAACGCAGGCUGUAUGGUGCACAAGAGAGAGCUGACCGCUGAGGGACUGGAGAAGAACUUUGCCACCAACACUAUGGGAGUGUACAUCCUCACGCAGACUCUCAUACCACUUCUACAGAAGAGCCGUGAUCCAAGAGUGAUCACCGUGUCCUCGGGAGGCAUGCUGGUCCAGAAACUCCGAGUGGAUGACUUGCAGUCGGAGAAGGGCUACUUUGAUGGCGUCAUGAUCUACGCACAGAAUAAGAGACAGCAGGUGGUGCUGACACAACACUGGGCCAAAGCCAACCCUGUCAUUCACUUCUCUGUCAUGCAUCCAGGCUGGGUAGAUACACCAGCUGUUUCCUCAUCAAUGCCUCAGUUCCACCACAUGAUGGGAGACAGGCUGCGCGGCGUCGAACAAGGAGCCGACACCGUGGUGUGGUUGGCCUUGUCCAGAGUUGCUUCCAGAACAUGCAGCGGGCAGUUCUUCCAAGAUCGUAAGCCGGUUCCCGUCCACCUCCCUCUGGCCUGGACUCACAGUUCCGCUGAAGAGAUCCAGAGCUUCGUGACCCAGCUGGAGACUCUGGCCAAAGCCAUUCAGUUACAACCUGAUGUGGAUCUUAAUGGUCCCCUGAGCCCCUCCAGACCUCAGUUUGUCUAGAUUCUGUUACAUGCCACUGAACCUUUAAAGUGUUAGUAACCAACAUGAGAAGUUACUGGAAAACGCAACACUGUUUGCCAUAUUUAGCCUUAUGCACCUCCUAACCUUGUUCACUAAUUGUACAGUUACUGUUCAGUGUCACAUAAUCUUGACCUGUGUUGUCAACUGGACUGUUUGUUCUGAAACUGUCAUGAACUACUGAUUAAAGACUAAGUAACUGACUUGAGUUGAAUAUAUCCAAAGCAGUUAGUCAAUGCAUGUGAAAUUUGCCUGUUAUAUUGAUGGUUUGUGGGACUGUUUUGGUUCACGUUUGAAAAUUUGCAUCAGUGCCUGCAGGCUUAAAUUGCAGUACUACGGUAAAUAGUGCCUUGUGAAAUAGAUCUCAAUAGACCCAGCUACACUAUCUCCUGCAUGGCACCACAUUGUCCAGCAUUUACACCAAUUAUAAUACAUUAAAAGCUAGACCAAUAGAUGGAAAAUGAAAAAUGCCAGUAAUCAUCUCCAAUUAAAAAAUCUGACAAUUUGGGGUGGAAACAUACAAAAUAAAUCAUUAUUAAAUAAAUGUUUUCACACUGAUACGUAAGAGACAAAUGUAGAAGAUGAUCAGUGCGUUUCUAUGACAAACUAGAGCAUCAAUACUCAUUUUAUUUUGUAACAAUCCACAUUUGCUGUUUUUCAGAAUUUUAUUAUUUUUAUACAGUAUUGAAACAAAACAAAAAAAAAAAAUAAUGUGGUGCAUUCACAUUUUUCCCAAGGGAUUCUUUGCAAGUUUGAUCUCUACAAGGG